CAUGGUUGCAAACAAUGGCAUUUUAGCUCUCAGCUGGUGGGCUGGUGUCAGUAACAAAACACUCCACAAACACACAAGUUUGACAGAUAACAAUAACAAAGUAUAAAAUGAGUAAUCAUAUUGCGAUAAUAUGUGGAUAAACUAUAUUCAAUGUCAGAAAAUCAACUGCUGACGGAAUAUUAGUGAAUGAUAACAUUUUUAUAAUGUAUGUGUGAUCUCGUAAAUAAAGGCCAAAGAUUCUCUCAUCAUCUGCUGAUGUAUUUUCUCUGAUUUGGAUGCGUUAUCCUUUGUUAAUUAAACUUGACACAUCGAAUUUAUAAAUCUUGUCAUGAUGAUUAUAGCAACAAUUGCUAUAACCCUGUGUCUAUUUAAUCCUAUUUUUGGCGUAGUUAAGUAUCAACCGGAAGCAGUGCAUAUCGCCUAUGGAGAGAAUAUUCAUGACAUUGUUGUUACUUGGAGUACGAGGGAUGACACGACAGAAUCUAUAGUCGAAUAUGGAAUAAAUGGUUUCGCUUUAAGUGAACAUGGAAAUUCGAAACUUUUUGUUGAUGGUGGUGCAAAGAAGAACAAACAAUACUUUCAUCGAGUUUACUUGAGGAAUUUAACUCCAAAUAAUAGAUACACAUAUCAUUGUGGAAGUAAUUUAGGAUGGUCGGACGUAUUUUACUUUGUGACUGCGCCCGACAAUUCAUCGUCCUGGGCGCCCCAUAUCGUUCUUUUUGGUGAUAUGGGAAACGAAAAUGCCCAAAGUUUGCCUCGUUUACAAGAGGAGACGCAAAGAGGUGUUUACGAUGCUGUGAUUCACGUGGGAGAUUUUGCCUACGACAUGCAUUCGGAAAAUGCUCAAGUCGGCGAUCAAUUUAUGCAGCAAAUUGAAGAAAUCGCCGCCUAUUUGCCAUACAUGACAGUUCCUGGUAAUCACGAGGAAAGAUACAAUUUUAGCAAUUACAGAGCUCGCUUCUCAAUGCCUGGAGAUUCCGAAAGUUUGUGGUACAGUUUCAAUAUGGGUCCUAUUCAUUUCAUCGGUAUUGAAACGGAAGCUUAUUAUUUCAUGAACUAUGGACUUAAACAGCUUGUUAAACAGUAUGAAUGGCUCAAGAAAGAUUUAGAGGAAGCGAAUAGACCCGAAGUGAGAGCAAUUAGACCCUGGAUAGUAACGUUCGGUCACAGACCAAUGUACUGCAGUAAUUUAAAUUCAGAUGAUUGUACAAAUCAUCAAUCUCUAGUUAGAGUCGGUUUACCUUUUCUCAAUUGGUUCGGACUUGAGAAACUCUUCUUUGAUAAUCAAGUUGAUCUUGAAAUUUGGGCUCAUGAACAUAGUUACGAGCGAAUGUGGCCGAUGUACAACUUUCAGAUUUAUAAUGGAAGUUAUCAUGAACCUUACAAAAAUUAUCAAGCUCCCGUUCACAUUAUUACCGGAUCGGCAGGUUGCAAAGAAGGAAGAGAAAAAUUCGUACCUGAAAGACCAGAUUGGUCUGCUUUUCGCAGUUCCGAUUAUGGUUACACAAAAAUGAAGGCUUACAAUAAAACACAUCUCUACUUAGAGCAGAUUUCUGAUGACAAAGCCGGCGAAGUUAUAGAUCAUAUUUGGCUCAUAAAAGACGAAAUCUAUCCAGAAUUUAUAAAAUUAUCAAAUUAAUGAAAUUAAUGAAAUUAAUGAAAUGAAUUCCCUAGAACUUAAUUAUUCUCAAAAAGGUCACAAAAAAUUUUCAAAUUACUCUCUUUCUUCAUAAUACUCCAAACAUCUUUUUUUAAAUUUAAAUAUCAUUUUGAUGCCUAUUUAAAAUAAUAAUAAUUAGGAUAGUAACGAAAAUAAUUUCUUAUUUCUUUUUCUGAGAAAGCAUUUUUAAAUAAUCGAAUUUUAGAAU